AUGCCGGCGAAGGGCGGCUGGAUGGCUUGGUCUGCCAAAAAGAAAGCUCUCAUCUUCGGUCCCAUCGGUCUAUUGAUCAUCGCCUUGGGUGUCGGUCUGGGAGUUGGCCUCGGGCUAGGGCUGAAAGAAAGCGGAGGGGAUGAUGGAAGUGAAGGAAGUGGAGGAAGCGGAAGUGGUGAAACUGGGACUGGAACUGGAAGCGGCAAUGGCAAUGGCAAUGGUACGACAGGAGGAAACACAACAGCGAUAUGGCAACCAGAAGUGGGCACCAAAUGGCAGAUCGAGCUGCUCUACGUUUUGAACGACACUUCAGUAGACGCAGACAUCUACGACAUUGAUCUCUUCGACAGCCCAAACUCAACAAUCACAAAACUCCAAGAAAUGGGACGCAAAGUGAUCUGCUAUUUUUCAGCAGGCACCUAUGAGGACUGGCGCAAAGACGCAGACGAAUUCAAAGCCUCCGACUUGGGAGACAGUCUCGAGGAUUGGCCUGGCGAGAAAUGGCUCGACACAAAUUCGAAAAACGUGCGGAAAAUUAUGCGACAGCGUCUCGACUUAGCUCAGGCAAAGGGCUGCGAUGGUGUUGAUCCGGAUAAUAUUGAUGGAUACAACAACAAGAACGGUCUCGGGUUGACCCAGGAUGACGCAACCAGCUAUGUGAAGUGGCUUGCUUCACAAACACAUGGUCGAAACAUGUCACUCGGGCUGAAGAACGGGGGCGACAUCAUUGACUCGGUCAUUGACAAAAUGCAGUGGUCUGUCAAUGAGCAAUGCGCCGUUUAUAAAGAAUGCGACGUUUACUCGGCCUUCAUUAAUGCCAGCAAACCAGUCUUUCAUAUCGAGUAUCCGAAGGGAGAUGAUACUAACAACGACAACACAGUAUCGACAAAGCAACGGAAUUCGGCUUGUAAUGCAGCGAUUUCUGGCAACUUUUCAACGGUCAUCAAGAACAUGGACCUGGACAAUUGGGUCCAAUACUGCUGA